AUCGGAGUGCGCAACAUGUUUGCUGCGAGAUUUAUUGUCCUGCUGAGUUUUUAUUGGCUUAGCUCGUGCGCAAUGGAUCCUGCUGAUCCGCUACUCGUGGAUCUCCCCAAUGGCAAGCUACGCGGACGUGAUAGCGGUUUCUAUUACAGCUACGAGUCACUUCCCUAUGCGGAGCCCCCGACCGGAGAACUCAGAUUUGAAGCUCCGCAACCGUACAAGCAGCAGUGGACGGACACCUUCGAUGCCACCCAGCCCCCCGUGACGUGCAUGCAGUGGAAUCAGUUCACCUUUGGAGAGGACAGGCUCGCUGGCGUUGAGGACUGUCUGACUGUUAGCGUUUAUAAGCCCAAGAAUAUCAGUCGGAGCAGUUUUCCUGUUGUGGCCCACAUGCACGGAGGCGCUUUCAUGUUCGGCGAAGCCCGGCAAAAUGGACACGAGAAUAUGAUGCGCGAGGGAAAUCUCAUUCUCGUGAAGAUAAGCUACCGCCUUGGGCCGUUGGGUUUUGUCAGCACUGGUGACGCCAGUCUGGCCGGAAACUUUGGAUUGAAGGAUCAGCGCCUGGCUCUGCUCUGGAUCAAGCAGAACAUAGCCAGCUUCGGCGGUGAGCCAGAGAACAUUCUAGUGGUAGGGCACUCCGCAGGCGGUGCUUCCGUUCAUCUGCAGAUGCUACGUGAGGACUUCAGCCAGGUGGCCAAGGCAGCAAUAUCAUUCGGAGGAAAUGCUAUAGAUCCAUGGGUAAUCCAUGAGAGUCCACGAGAGCGGGCCUUUGAGCUGGGCCGAAUUGUGGGCUGUGGACAGGCAAGCGAUUCCAUGCAACUCAAGAAAUGUCUAAAAUCGAAAUCCGCAAGUGAAAUUGUGUCGGCUGUCCGUAGCUUCCUCGUGUUUUCAUAUGUUCCGUUUGCGCCAUUCGGUCCUGUCGUAGAAGCAGAAGACGCCACAGAAGCCUUCAUAACCCAACAUCCUAUCGAUAUUAUUAAGAGCGGGAAAUUUGCCCAAGUCCCUUGGGCUUUGACAUACAACACCGAGGAUGGGAGCUACAACGCAGCUGUGCUGCUGGAAAAACAGGCUUCCAAUGGUCGGGAAUUGAUGGUGGAUCUCAAUGAUCGGUGGUUAGACUGGGCUCCGUAUUUGUUUUUCUACCGUGACUCAAUGGCGACCAUCAAGGAUAUGGACGAUUACUCCCGCAAACUGAGGCAGGAGUAUCUGGGAGAUCGGCGAUUCAGUGUGGAGAGCUAUUGGGACGUGCAACGGCUUUUUACAGACGUUCUGUAUAAAAAUGGCACGGAGCUUGCAUUGGAUCUUUACCGCAAACACGGCAAAAGUCCAGUGUAUGCGUUUGUCUACGACAAUCCAGCCAACACGGGAGUUGGCCAGUUCUUUGCCAAGCGCACUGAUAUUCCCUUUGGAACAGGCCAUGGGGAUGAGUAUUUCCUGAUAUUCGAAAACCUUGUACGAGGCCCUGAGAUGCGAUCAGACGAGGAAAUAAUCUCACGGAAUUUCCUCCAUAUGCUGAACGAUUUUGUUAUCAGCGACAACGGAACUAUGACAUUUGGAAGCUGCGUCUUCCAGGAUAAUGUCGGCAGCAGCAAACGUCAGUUGCUUUCCAUAACGCGAAAUGGCUGCGAGAACCUGCAACUGGAGAGCUUUCUUUAAUUAUAAUAAACAUGUACAUUUAAUACAAAUAAAAGCGACUAUUGGCGUGUAGUGCACU